AUGUUCAUAAUAAUUCGAACAAUCGAUGGAAAAUUAGAAAAAACCUUAGAAAUAUCGAAGACUAUCAGUAUUAGUGAUCUUAAGGUUCGAAUAGCAGCUGUUUUUUCUGUUAAAUUGUCACAUAUUCAUUUAUUUUAUCGAGGUAAACAAUUAGAAGAUUGUUAUCGAGUAUAUGACUAUCAUUUAAACCAUCAUGAGGUUGUUCAAUUGUUAAUAAAGCCUAAAUCUAGCACUGUAGAAAAUAAGUGCUUGACUAAUUUUACACAAAAUGAUAAAAUAAAUGGCUUAGCACUCGUUUCUCCAAAAGAAGACUCAACUACGAUUGAUAAGCAAUCGGAAUCAACAAGUCGUUAUUAUCGAACAGGUGAUCCGAUCGACUGUAUUAACGAAGAAAAUGGAGCUUGGUAUGAAGCGAUUAUUCAAAAUAUUUAUAACGACGUUAACAAGCAGUGUUUAAUUUAUCGGGUUCAAUGGACAUUUUUGGUGGACACUGAGCCUUUUGAUGUAACAGAAAAUAUGAUUAGACCACGGGCGAGACAUUGUUUAAGUAUUGAUCAAAUAAAAAUUAAUGAUAAAGUUAUGGUCAAUUACAACAUAGAUGAACCUAAUAAAAUCGGAUAUUGGUAUGAUUUUACUGUUAAAAAUAUUAAAAAAAAUAACCAAAGUAUUAAUUUAGCAGGAGUUCUACACACUGGCAGUGAUGGAGCUGAAUUAAAAAUUGAAAAUUGUAAAGUAAAUUCAAGAAGCAAAAUUUAUAAAAUAGAAAAACCUGCUCUACAUUACAGUGAUUUUGAAAAUAACUCAAAUUUUAAUGAAGUUGAUGAUAAGCCAAGAACGAUAGUAAUAACUUGCAACGUUUGUGAAGAUGAUAAGAAUGUAAAAUGUAAAGAAUGUGGAUGUUUUGUUUGUUCAGGAAAAGAAAAAAGUCAUGAAAUAAUAUUAUGUGAUGAAUGUGAUAAAGCUUAUCAUAUAUCAUGUUUGAAUCCACCUUUGGAACAAGUUCCGGAGGACGAUUGGUAUUGUCCAGAAUGUAAAAUUCAUGAUGAUUUGGUGAUCAAAGCUGGAGAAAAGCUGAGACCGAGUAAAAGAAAGAUUAAGCCAGACUUAAAAAAGGGUCAAAAAGAUUGGGGUCGCGGAAUGGGAUGUAUGAGUAGAGUUAAAGAUUGUACUAUAGUACCUACGAAUCAUAAAGGCCCAAUCCCAGGAACUGAAGUAGGAAUGAGUUGGAGAUAUCGUUUACAAGUAUCAGAAGCUGGCGUCCAUCGACCGCACGUAGCAGGGAUUCAUGGUAGAGAAAAUGAAUGUGCUUAUUCGUUGGUUUUAUCAGGUGGAUAUGAAGACGACGUUGACAAUGGAGACGAAUUUUUAUAUACUGGAUCCGGUGGUAGAGACUUAUCAGGUAACAAAAGAACAGCAGCACAAAGUAGUGAUCAGAAACUAACAAAAAUGAACAAAGCACUAGCUUUAAAUUGCAAUGCUCAGUUUAAUAAUGUAGAAGGUGCGACUGCAAUAAAUUGGCAAGAAGGAAUUCCGGUUCGAGUCAUAAGAUCUGCAAAAUUAAAAAAAUAUCACCAAGCUAAAAUUUAUGCACCUGAAGAAGGUUUUCGAUAUGAUGGUAUUUAUAAAGUUGUCAAGUAUUUUCCGGAAAAAGGUAAAAGGGGUUUUUUAGUUUGGCGAUAUCUUUUACGCCGGGAUGACCCUAAUCCCUCACCUUGGACUUCUGAAGGAAAAAAAAGAAUUAAAAACUUAGGCUUACGAAUGAUUGAAUAUGAUUUGCCGAGUAAUGUAUUAACAGUAAAAAACAUGGAAAUUAAUGAUCAGAAAAAAAAUUUAAAACGUAAACGAGACAAACUGGGAAAAGAUAAAAAUGAAAGCUGCUCAAAAAAACCUAAAGUGAUUCAUUAUGAAUUAGAAGAGAAUAUAGUCAAGUUAAUAGAUAGUGAUAAGCUAAAUAAGAAAGUUUGGAAGGAUUGCUGUUCAUUACUUUCCGAAGGAAAAAUGAGGUUUAUUAAUAAUGUCAUUGAUAGAUUUACGUGUGUUUGCUGUCAAGAAAUAGUUUGGAAACCGAUCACAACUAAAUGCCUUCAUAAUAUUUGUCAGAAUUGCAUUUGUAGAAGUUUCAAAGCUGAUGUAUUCACAUGCCCGGUUUGCCGACAUUCUAUUAAAAAAACUCGAUUAGAAAAAAUAAAUGAACAGCUUGCAGUUACUCUUGAGAACUUAUUCCCAGGAUACGGCAGUGAAAGAAUGACAAGCUUCUUGGCAAAAUCCGCAAUAAAUACACUUGGUCAUAUCAAUGUCAUAUCGAGUUGUUCUUCUGGAUCCAUCUGA